ACGAGAGCACUUGACUUUGGCGCUUUUCCCACGGCGGACGCGUCUCGGAAGCGCGGGUUUGUUUUGGUCGACUUUCGAUUUUCAUUCUCUGUUCGAAGUACCAAUUUGAAGAUCACAACUGAUUCGGUAGCGCCGAUUCAAAAAGUGCGUGUUGGUGUUUGUGCGCGUAUGUGAACGUUUCUGUUGUUUAAAAUACCUUUAAACUUGAUAAGAGACGCUGAUAGAGUGGAUUUUUUGAGGGACUUUUAGUGGACGAAAAAGGAAAGUGCAAGUACUGUGAGGUGGUUGUAUCAUUGAGUUGAAACUGAAUGAACGCGUCUCAUGCAGAAAUGUAGGACCGGAAGUGCAAACGAGGCGUAAAAUUUUCUAACAAAUCGCCAGAUUGCACUCAGAUUGUGCAGCUGAAGAAGUAAUAAAUCUUUCUGAAAAGGAAUUCUGGCUGAGGUUAUUGGGGGACAAGAAAACCUCACAUCUUUGCAUAUUCAUAUACAAAUUCGAGUACGGUCGAAAAUUCCGCGUCACACUUUAGUCGUGUGGAAACACGUGUGUGUAUGUCAGUAUAAGCCUGUGUGGAAAGUGAAAAAACAUUGAGAAUUUACGGCUUCAAUGGCCAUCAAACCAACAGAAGAAAGGAAAAUUGUUCGAAUGAGAAAAUAACUUCAACCUCGCCCGGAGGUGUUGAAAAGUGAAAAGUGACCUUUUGGGCCAGGCGGGGAAGAAUUUCUGGUUGAUCGUAGUGAUUGGUAGAUAGAAAGUGACGUACAUUCACGAAAGAACGGUCACGCUUGCAGAGGGUCAACAUGAUCAAGGUUGACGAGAACUAUCCAGUAGCAGAUCUCGAACCGGCAUUCCCGUACCGGCAGGUGCAACUCAAGCAGGACGUGGACCCAAGACAGUCGUUCGACAUACUGCCCGAGCUGGGCCGAGGGACUUUCGGUACCGUAUUUCUCUGCCGGGAAAAAGGUACGGAUUUGGAUCUAGCGGCCAAAAUUGUGCCAUACAAAAAGAAGAAAGAUCGAGCCGAUGCCAUCCGGGAGAUUGACAUCAUGAGCUGUCUACAUCACCCACGACUGAUACAGCUGUACGAUGCAUUCGACUACGAAAAUAAAAUCUAUGUGAUACUAGAACUAGUCCAAGGAGGAGAACUGUUUGAGCGAGUCAUUGACGACGACUUUGUGCUGACGGAGAAAGCGUGUGCCGUGUUCAUGAGACAGAUCUGCGAGGGUAUGGAGUACAUCCACAGUCGAAAUAUAAUUCAUCUGGAUAUGAAGCCAGAAAACAUCCUCUGUUUAACAAAGACUGGGAAUCGCAUUAAAAUCAUAGAUUUCGGUUUUGCCAGACGUUACGAUCCCGACAAGAAGCUUCAGGUUAUGUUUGGUACCACAGAGUUCACCGCACCCGAAGUUCUCAAUUAUGACGAAAUAUACUUCUACACGGACAUGUGGAGCUUAGGUGUAAUCUGUUAUGUACUACUCUCGGGGCUUUCACCGUUCGUGGGCGAUACCGACAUGGCCACGAUGAACAACGUCCUGCAGGGUAAAUACUCGUUCAAGUACAGUUCCUUCGAUGCCGUCUCCGAGGACGCCAAGGACUUUGUCCGCAAACUGCUGGUGCGCGAUGGCUCGAAACGGCUCACGGCCAAGCAAGCCCUCAAGCACAAGUGGCUCGCGGAAACGGCACAAAACACGACCGAAUUAUCCAUAACAAAAACAAAAUUGAAACGUUAUGUUAUUAAAAAGCGGUGGAUCAAGGCAGUCAACACGAUCAUCGCUCUGCGGCGGAUGGGUGCCAGGAUCGAUUUCGAUCUGAUCUGAGAUGUGUGUGGUGGACGGGGACCACCGUUUGUAGGUAUGUGUAUGGGUACUAGCUUACCUCCAGCGAGCGGCACGGUGACAACGGGUUAACGUUAAAAUGAGACCAGCGUAAGCGCUUGAUAGAGUUUUAUUUCUAGCUUUUAAGGUGUAAUUAUCGUGUUCGUAUAAUUGAAUGUGAACUUUUACUUUUAACAAACCGUUCAACUCGAGUGAAAUAUAGAUAUUAUGUACACACAAGCCUAUGCUGUUGACAACUGUCAAUAAACUGCAAUGGUGGAAUUUAAA